CGAUCCGGAUAUCCGAGCGCUAGCUAGCUCCAUCAAGGAGUUUCAAUAUGGCGGCGAUAUAGAUCUAGCAAAGAUUGAGACUGAAUGAGAUGGAGAUUGUUUAGCUUGGUGGUGAAAAGCAGAACAAAGACAACUUGAGAACCUGAACAUUCUUGUACCAUGCCUCGUGUUCAGUACAGCCGACUGCCGAUGGAGGACAAUGCCGACAGCAGGCAAGCCAAAGACUCUGUGGCCUUUGACUUCAGCUCUGUGGCCUUUGACUUUGGCUCUGUACACAGCUUCAAGUCGGUCUUCUCAUACAGCAAGGCAGUCCCACCUUACAUCAAUGAGGUGAAAGAAUACAAACCACCGGUCAUAUCCUAUAUCUGCAAUUCCGUGGUCAUUCUCCUGAGUUUUAUCCUGCUCCUGUUGACUUUUCCCUUGUCAGGAUGGUUAGCUAUAAAGAUGGUUCAACAGUUUGAGAGGAUAGUAAUUUUCAGACUAGGUAGAAUGAAAGCACCACAAGGACCAGGUUUUGUUCUUAUCAAUCCUUUCAUUGACAAAUGGAAGAAAGUCGACAUGAGGACUAGAGCCUUCAACGUACCACCGCAACAACUAUUGACUUCCAAUGGAGCGGCCAUCUCAGCGGGUGCGACGAUCUACCACCGCAUCACCGAUGUGGCCCUGUCCAUAGCCUCCAUCCAGGACAUGAACCACGCCCUGCGGAACCUCGGGCAGACCAUCCUCCUCAACCUGCUCAGCUCCAAGGAGCUCUCCGACAUCGAACGUGACAAGGCCCUCAUCACUCUAGAGAUGCAGGAUCUCAUGAACACUGCCACACUCAACUGGGGCGUGGAGAUCAGCAGAGCAGAAAUUUCUGAGAUAACAGUGAUUCAAGAUGCAGUGCCAGGAUCUCUAGACUUCGAAAAAAUGACUGGUGUGUUGGGCCAAGUUGCAGGCCAAAUGGCAGCUGGAGCCAAAGAAAAAAAGGGGGAUCCGUCAUCGGGCCUUGCAUCCCUCCUCUCCAUGGUAACGGCAUCAUCCAACCAAACCCCUUCCCUCACCAUGGCUUCCUCACCCAACCCCUACCACCAACCAAGCCUGACUGCACCUCGCCCUUCUAUACCCGUCACAUCAACUCUGGUAGAGCUGGGGGGUAAUACUCCGGCCACGCCCGAAGAGCUCCUCCAGCUGGUCCAACCCUUACUCAAUGAGCAAUUGGUGGAAGAAAUCGGUGCUGUGUUUAAGUUCAGCGUGACAGGUGCAAGUGGUGGAGUCUAUUAUCUGGAUUUAGCAAGAGGUGCAGGGCAAGCGGGUGUAGGACCACCCCCUUGCACCCCUGACGUUACCCUCACCAUGUCUGUAGAUGACAUGCGGGCCAUGUUUGAGGGUGAGCUGCGCCCCGCCAUGGCCUACAUGGCGGGUCGCCUAGAGCUAGAAGGCGAUAGGAAUAUUGCAAUGACAUUGGAGAAAGUCAUCACUAGAAUACGAGAGGACCACAGAUGAUCAGCAGUUAGGAAGUGUGGUGGUGGUGCAGACGGAGAGAGAGUGGGUAGGGUGGGGCUCGGAAGAGAGAGAAGAAGGGAAAGACAGAGAGAGAGAGAGAGGCAGGGAAAGAGAGAGAGGGGAGAGAAAGAGAGAGAAGGGGGGACAGAAAGAAAGAGUGAGAGAGAGAGAGAGAGAGAGAGAAAGGUAGGAUAAAGAGUAGGGAGAGAGGCUGACAAGAUCAGGGAUUGAGUAAAACAAAAAAAAGUAGAGAGAGAAAGGAACAUUGUUAAAGGGUUAGAAAGAGAGGGUGGGAAUGUGGACAAAUAACAAUGGAAGGUGGUCAAAUGUGCAUUUAUAAGAGAAAAUCAUGAGUAAAAUGAAGAGAUGGUGAAAUAUUAUUGAAACUAGUGCCAUUGAAGAUGAAAAAUUUCACUGACAAAUAUUAAUGUACUAGUAUUAAUUCCAAUUGCCCUGUUUAUAAUAUGAUAGAGAGUAAGAGUGAGAGAAAGAGAGAGAGAGAGAGAGAGAGAGGGAUGUAGGCAUUGAGAGAUAUUGAUGAGAGAUUUUAAUCCUUAUCGUUAGAUAAGGGGUUAGAGUUGUGAGAAAUGCUAAUGUCAAACUUAUAAUUUAUGCUAACAUGGUAGAAGCGAUAGCUCAGAAAGAUCACUUUAAUGAGAUCUGUAUUUAUAUCCCUUGAUAAAAGAAUGUAUGCCAGUUAAUUUUUGAAUGUGAUAAAAAAAUAAUUGAAAUCUGUGGAUCUUAUUCAGAGUGGAAAAAACUAUGCAUGAAAACACAUAUUACUACAUGUUAUUUUCCUGUAGAUUAUCCUAUGCCAAUUGAGUUUUACAUACAUUUCAGUCUCAUACGGUAAUUAAAACUAAACAGAAGUAAUAUGCCGUAAUUAUGCAACUCGUGUACUAAUUUCUUUUACAAAAAUAUUACUAGCAUGUUUGCCUGUAAUGUUAAGUUUUUCUGCUUUUGUGGUAUUGAUGUAUGCUCAAUAUUUAUUUUGCAUGCCAACUCUCAUCCCCUCCCCUCAACAGUACCCAACAGUGUUUGUGUGCAAUUAUGCUGUAUACAAUGUUGAUAUAAUGUACUAUUUAUGUGUACAGUAGGUAUGUAGAUAAUGAAGAUAUAGUCUUUGAUAUGUAAAUAAAGGAAGAAAAAUAUAUUUUUAGACUCUUGUUAUUGUUCAAUCAACUCUUUUGCUGUAAAUCAGCAUCUAUUGAUCAGUGUAGAAAGAGGACUUCUGAAUAGUUUUGUGAUUCAUAGACUUGUGGUUCUUUGCAUGAAAAGGCACAUUAUGCGGGCCCUCUAUAUCCCGCAGUGUGUUCUGUUUUUAUUUCAAGCAGUUUUCUACCAAGCUUGGUACUUAUUCAGUGUAUGUAUGUUCUACAAAACAAUGUGUUUAUAAUGAUAGUGAUGAUGAUAGUUUUGUCUCUGUAGGGAUAAAUGAUUCUUUUUUUCCUGUCAAUGUUUGUGCAAUAGAAAAUUGUUGUACUAUCAA